GUACUGCAAACAGACCUCCGGCCAUGGCUUGAGUCCUCUUGAUUCUUAGAACACCAGCUGAGCAACCCACAGAGCAGACUUGUAACCAACUUACAUCAUCGGCAUCAUGAAGAUGGUUACAGUGGCAGUGCUGGUGACCCUGGGUCUCAGCCUCAUACAAGAUGCUGUCAGUGCGGAUGAAAAUCAGGAAACAUGUGAUGAAUUUCGAGCCUUCAUGAAAACUGGGAAAUUAUUUUGCCCCCAGGAUAAAAAUCUUUUUGAAAGCCUCGAUGGAAUAAUGCUCAUUCAAAAAUGUACCAAGUGCAAAGUUCUAUUGGAAAAAGAAGCAGAAUCUCAGGAAAGGGCCAGGCAUUUGGCAAGAGCUACCAGAGAUACUGCCCCAGCAAUGCUGAACUGUGAUGAAUUCAAGAGAGGAGAGAGAGAUGGGGACUUCAUCUGCACCUUUGAUAAUGCAGCUGUUUGUGGUACAGAUGGAAAAACAUACAGCAAUAGAUGUACUUUGUGUGCUGAGAUUGCGAAGACCAGAUCCCAAGUCAACAUCCAGAGUGAAGGGGAAUGUAAGAAGAAUGACCCUGAGCAGGAUGUGUGCAGUGCUUUUCGGCCAUAUGUUAAAAACGGAAGACUUGGAUGCACACGGGAAAAUGAUCCUGUUCUUGGUCCAGAUGGAAGGACACACGGCAAUAUGUGCGCCAUGUGUGCUGAGUUGUUUUUACAAGAAGCUCACGAAAAUGCCACGCGAGAAGCUAAAUUCAGAAGUCGACGAAAUGCUGAAAAAAAUUUUUGCAAGGAAUAUGAGAACCAAGUGAGGAGUGGAAGACUUUAUUGUACACGCGAGAGUGACCCAAUCCGUGGCCCCGAUGGCAGGAUUCAUGGCAACAAAUGUGCCCUGUGUGCUGAAUUCUUCCAACGACGAUUUUCAGAAGAAAAAAAGGCAGCAGAUGAGAAUCUGAAAAGGGCUGACCAGAAAAAUAAAGUCAAAAGAGAAAUUGAGAAACUCUGCAGUGAAUAUCAAGAUCGUGCAGUGCAUGGCACACUUUUCUGUACCAGAGAAAAUGAUCCCGUUCGUGGUCCAGAUGGGAAAAUGCAUGGCAACUUAUGUUCUCUGUGCCAAGCCUUCUACCAAGCAGAAGCUGAAGAAAGGAAAAAAGCUGGAGCAGAAGCAAGAAAUAAAAGACAACAUGAAAAGACACCGUCAUAUGCAGAACUGUGCAGUGAAUUCCGCAGCUUUGUGAGGAAUGGAAGACUCCCUUGCACCAGAGAGCACGACCCCAUCAAGGGCCCCGACGGGAAAAUGCACGGAAAUACCUGCGCCAUGUGUGCGGCCUUCUUCCAAGCAGAAGAAGAGGAAAAGAAAAAGAAGGAAGCUGAAUUGAGACAUAAGAGACAGUCUGAAAAUAUGACUUCGUUUGAGGAGUUGUGCGCCGAGUAUCACAAAUUUAUGAAGAAUGGACAGCUUCUCUGUACUAGAGAGAAUGAUCCCAUCCAAGGCCCAGAUGGGAAAAUGCAUGGAAAUACUUGUUCCAUGUGCGAGGCCCUCUUUCAACAGCAAGAAAGAGCAAGAGUGAAGCCUAAAAGAGAAGUUGCAAAGGAUAUUUGCAGUGAAUUUCGGGAUCAAGUGAGAAAUGGAAUGCUCAUAUGUACCAGGGAGAAUGAUCCCAUCCGUGGCCCCGAUGGCAAAAUACAUGGAAACAAGUGCGCCCUGUGUGCAAGCAUCUUCAAAGUUGAAGAAGAUGAAAAAAACAACAAUGACAAAGAAAAAAAGGAAAAAGUUGAGGCUGAAAAAGUUAAGAGAGAAGCAAUACAGGAACUGUGCAGUGAAUAUCGUAACUAUGUAAGGGAUGGAAGGCUCCCAUGUACCAGAGAGAAUGACCCCAUCGAGGGUGCAGAUGGGAAAAUUCAUGGCAAUACGUGCUCCAUGUGUGAAGCUUUCUUCCAACAAGAAGCAAAAGAAAAUGAAGUUAAUUCCAGAACAAAAGUUAAAAGAGCAGCUGAUAAGGAUACAUGCAGUGAAUUUCGGAGUCUUAUGCAAAAUAAAAUGCUUUUCUGCACAAGAGAAAAUGAUCCUGUGCGUGGCCCAGAUGGCAAGACCCAUGGCAACAGAUGUGCCAUGUGCAAGGCACUCUUUCAGAAGGAAGAUGAAGAAAGAAAGAAGAAAGAAGAGGAAGAUCAGAGAAUUACCUCAGGACAUGGUGGAGGCGGUGGAGGUGGAGAAGGUGGAGAAGGUGGUCAGGCUCAGGAUCAAUGUGCUGAGUUUCGGGAAAUUGCAAAGAAUGGAAAACUCAGCUGUACUCGGGAGAGUGACCCUGUGCGAGGAGCUGACGGGAAAUCAUACAACAAUAAGUGUACCAUGUGCAAAGAGAUCAUUGAAAGAGAAGCAGAUGAAAAAAAUAAAAAUUCUGGCUUUAGAUCAAAUGGAACUGAAUCAGCAUCCAAAAAGGGUAUGUGUGAUGAAUAUAGAGGUCAAAUGAAAAAUGGAAAGCUAAUCUGUACUCGGGAGAGUGACCCUGUUCGGGGUCCAGAUGGCAAGACACAUGGCAAUGAAUGUGCAAUGUGUAAAGAACCACUGGAAAGAGAAGCAGCUGAAAAAAAGAAGAAAGAGGAGGACAAGAGUAACACUGGUGAAAAGAGCGAUGAAAAAGCGGAUCAGUGUUAUGAAUUCCGGAGCCAGGUGAGAGAAGGCAAGCUUAUCUGCACCAGAGAAAACGACCCUGUUCGAGGUCCAAAUGGCAAGAUGCACGUCAACAAAUGUGCUAUGUGUCAGAGCAUCUUUGAAAGAGAAGCUAGCGAAAGAAAAAAGAAUGAUGAAGAAAAAUCACGUGCCAAACCGUCCAAUGACUCAAAGGAUCAGUGCCUGGAAGAUGCAAAUGAAGUGCCGGAUAGAAAGCCUGCAGAGUCUAGACGUCCCUUGGCCUCCCUUGCCAGGAGUGCGGAUGACUGCAGCAGCUUCCGGGAAUAUUCUAGAAAUGACCAGCUCAUCUGCACCCGAGAGAAUGACCCUGUGCGUGAUGCUGAUGGAAAGUUAUAUAAAAACAAGUGCUUCAUGUGCAGCGAUAUCUUUAAAAGAGAAGCUUUGGAAAAGGUCAGAACUUCAGAAAUGCCAACUCCCACUGAGGCUGCAGAAGAGAGUCCAGAUUCCUCCUACCCUUCUCUAGAUUCUGAUAUGUGCAAACACUACCGAGUUUUUCCUAAGAUGGGUUACCUUUGUCCAAAGAAUUUACAGCCUGUCUGUGGUGACGAUGGCCAGACAUACAGCAAUCCCUGCAUGCUCUGUCAUGAAAACCUGAUACGUCAAACUAAUAUACACAUACGCAGUACAGGCAAGUGUGAGGAGAGCAGCAUGCCAGCCACGAAACCCGUGAGCGCGCCGACACCUGUGAGUUCACUGAUGCUCCUGGACAAAUUAAUCUGAGAAAUGGAGAAAGCCAGGAGAGAAAAGUAUACCCCACUUAUGAAUCAACUACCUUCACAUCUGUAUAUACAAAGAACUAUCUCAACUCAUUUUGUAUGCUGUGGGCAACAAUAUUAAACUUCUGGGGACAUGGAGGCACUGGCUUUCAAUCUCUUUCAUCUCUUCUCUCCUAGACCAGAAACUGAGGGCACAGCUACACCCCGUCUUCAUUAUGGUAACCUCCUGAUUAUAAUAUUGUCUGUCCAACUACUUACUUAAUAAAGCUAAUCUCAAGAGAC